AUGCAGUUCACCAAGACUCUCGGUCUUCUUGCUACCUUUGGCGCUCUUGCCUCAGCUCUUCCUACCAACUUCCAGCGCCGUGAUGGUGGCAACAGCACUGCCAGUGCCACCGGCGACAACAACAGCAACAACAACAACAACAACACCACCACCACCACCACCACCACCACCAAUGGUGUCAACAGCAGCAACGGCAGCAGCGGCAGUGUCAACAUUCAAAACAACAUGGGCAGCACCAUGUACCUCUGGUCUGUCAGCGAGAAUGCCGACCCCAUGAUCACUGUCCAGCCUGGCGGCUCCUACUCAGAGAGCUGGCGCACCAACCCCGACGGCGGCGGUAUUUCCAUCAAAAUGGCUAUGAAGCCUGAACAAGUCGAUGUCCUCCAAUACGAGUACACCUUGCAAGGUGACACUAUCUUCUGGGAUCUCUCUUGCAUCGACAUGGGCACCAGCUCUCAAUUCACCACCGCUGGCUUUGCUGUCACCUCCAGUGAUUCCACUUGCCCUUCUGCUACCUGCCAGCCUGGCGACUCUGCUUGCGCUGAUGCUUACCUUGUUCCUGACGACAACCAGGCUACUCAUGGCUGCCCUGCCGGUACCCAAAUGAACUUGAACAUUGGCUCUUCUGCUUAA